GUCCAUUGCCACAGAUAUGGUCUUUAAUGUAAUGCCAAGUUCCAUGGAAUCCAAAAAAGAAGACCUGAGGGAAGGCUCAUAAAAUAAACUCGCCCGUCCUUGCGUGGUUCGACUGGUUAUAUCUUGUACGCCUUGGCCCGUCCGGUUAUGAGCUGCUCUGUUGAGAACCAUCAUUUUCUGGCUUUGCGGCACGGCGGGGUGAGCGUGCAAAUUGCUCGAUGUAGCUGACAUGGCUAUCACGCCAACGACGAGCUGGGCCAAGGCCAACCUUGCUAUGGCAAUCACGUUCAUCCCGUUGACCUGGCUUGUCGUCACCAUGCGGUUCAUUGCUCGACGGAAGAUCAAGGCGGUGGGCACUGACGACUGGUUGAUGUUGGCUGGGCUGAUUGCAUACACCUGGUAUUGCCAGACCGUGAUCACAGCUGUUUUCUAUGGGCUUGGCGAGCCGGACGCAAGCCUGACUGUUCAAUUACGGCAGGAUGGAAGAAAGUGGGUUUGGAUCGGUGAGAUGUCAUACUUGAUUACCAUCAUUCCAGUCAAGGUCAGUAUCGCCGCGGGCCUGCUGCGAAUCGCCAUCCAGCGAAGACACAGAUACAGCCUUUACUUUAUCGCAAUACUAUCAACAUGUGCUUCAUUGGCCACAAUCAUCCUCAGACUGGUAUGGUGUAAACCGGUCGAGGCAACCUGGGGCUCCCCGGGAUCGUGUGGGUCUAUCUCGACCCGGAUCGAUACUGGGUACUUUAUGUCGGCCGUCAUUAUCUUCACAGAUUGGUCGUGUGCAAUCCUCCCGGUAGUUAUGUUGUGGGGCCUUCAGAUGAAGCUGAAGGUAAAAAUUUCAGUGAUUAUUCUUCUUUCUCUCGGUGUUUUCGCGAGUUGCCUUACCAUUGUCCGACUGGUGUUUGUCAUUCAUCAUGAUUUCACCGUCAACUACCUUGUGGGGAUGUCUGCUAUCUCGAUUUGGGGCGUGAUCGAGCUAGGGAUUGGAAUCAUUGCCGGCUCUAUGGUCACUCUUCGGCCGUUGCUGAGACACAUCACAUGUCUGAGUAAUGAUAGCUCAAAUUCAGAUUUGAAACCGCAAGAUCAGGUAACCCCAUACCGUCCUGCGCCUUACUUACCUAAGGUUGCAAGAACCAACAACCCCGGGUAUCGCGUGGAAGACAACGACGAAGAAGAAGACUCCUCAGAGGGUGGUGGCCAGAAACACACCUUGAAAGAAAUGCUCGCCAUGACAAGAGUAUCGUCACGAUCAGAAUGCUGACGGCUUAAGGGUGCUCCCCCUUCGCACUGCCCGUGGAGAAAAUGUAUAAUUAAGAUAGAAGGACGAAAUGGUCACUAAUAAAAG